AAUCACAAGACGAAGCUAAAAUCCCUCUUCAGAUCCACAGUCAACUGCCCUGACCACAUCCUGCAAAAAAUCCAGAGGAAGAAGAGCCAUGGAUUACUACAGAAAAUAUGCAGCUGUCAUUCUGGCCACAUUGUCUGUGUUUCUGCAAAUUCUCCAUUCCUUUCCUGAUGGAGAGUUUACAAUGCAGGGCUGCCCAGAAUGCAAGCUAAAGGAAAACAAAUACUUCUCCAAGCUGGGUGCCCCAAUCUAUCAGUGCAUGGGCUGCUGCUUCUCCAGAGCAUACCCCACUCCAGCGAGGUCCAAGAAGACAAUGUUGGUCCCAAAGAACAUCACCUCAGAAGCCACAUGCUGUGUGGCCAAAGCAUUUACCAAGGCUACAGUCAUGGGAAAUGCCAGAGUGGAGAAUCACACUGAGUGCCACUGCAGUACUUGUUAUUAUCACAAAUCUUAAAUAUUUUGCAAAGGGCCAUGUUGAUGACUGCUGAUUUCCUGGAAUGGAAAAUUAAUUUGUUCAGUGUUUAUGACUUUGCAAGAUAAAACCCUCCUUUUCCUUACCAUACCAUUUUUUAC